UGGUUGGUUGAAUGUUUACGAACAACGGAUAUCCCGGAAGAGAUUCAACUCGAGCAGAAUCUUUCGAAUGGCGUUCUACUGGCUCGACUCGCGAACUUUUUCGCACCCGAUAUGGUGCCACUGAAUAAAAUCUUCGAUUUUGAUCAGUCUCGUUACAAGAAGGACGGUAAGCCAUGCUAUCGUCAUACGGAUAACAUCGUCAUGUGGGCAGGAGCUGCACGCGCUAUGCGCCUUCCAGAGGUGCUAAUCCCAGAAACAGUUGAUAUCUAUGAAGGACGUAAUAUCAACACAAUAUUUUGCUUGUACGCUCUAGCUCUUCACCUGUUCCGUCUAAGACGUGGUCCACCAAUCAGACUUCAAGCCGGCAAUGCGCAAUUCCCUGAGUCUGUAAUGGAGGAAAUGCAUGAACGUCUGAAAGAUAGCGAUAUUCCGGCAUUCGGCGAACUUAGUGGUAUGUUGGACACGACGAUGCCUAGCGAUAAGGAUGCGCAUUCGAUGGCUAUAUAUAAGAUCAACAAAGCCCUAAACUCAAAGGUAACGAGCCAGUGCCCUCAGAAAGGCAUAAAAUUCUCGAGAAUGCACACAUUCCAGUAUUUGCAACAGUAUUUGGACUAA